ACGUAUCAUGCAUGAACUACAGUAGGUAGUCCUCCGCCGAGUCCGCUACAGCUAAAAGGCAGCAGAGAAAGUAGUCCCUUGACUGAGAACGGGGGCGGGGGCGUGCACCAGCCCAAGUGUAGAUCCGACUCUGGUACGGGCUGACGAGGGCUGGAAUGGGGCCGGCGGAAGAAUCCUUCACCGCAGUGCGGUGCUGAAACGAGAAGAAGGGGAAAGCUAGUGGAGGCGGGGCUAGCGAACGGACGGGAGGAGCGCAGGCGCAGGCGCAGGCGGGGUGACUGUCGGUGGCGCGCGCUGCAGUCUGUGGUGGCGCGAGCGCGCAGCGGCGGCGGCGGAUCCGGGAGGAGCUGUGCCCCCUGCUGCGCCCGGAGCCUCGUUCCCAGUGCCGUGCGACCCCCGCUCCUCUUCCUCCUUCUUUCUCUUCCUUACUCUCCUCUUCCUCGUCCUCCGGUGCCCCGCGCGCCCGGGCCCCGCCAUGGCUGACCAGCUGACUGAAGAGCAGAUUGCAGAGUUCAAGGAGGCCUUUUCGCUGUUUGACAAGGAUGGAGACGGCACCAUCACCACCAAGGAGCUGGGCACGGUGAUGCGCUCCCUGGGUCAGAACCCCACUGAAGCCGAGCUCCAGGACAUGAUCAACGAGGUGGAUGCGGAUGGGAACGGGACCAUCGAUUUCCCCGAAUUCCUGACCAUGAUGGCCAGGAAGAUGAAGGACACGGACAGCGAGGAGGAAAUCAGGGAAGCAUUCCGUGUCUUUGACAAGGACGGGAAUGGCUACAUCAGCGCUGCGGAGCUUCGUCACGUGAUGACCAACCUCGGGGAGAAGCUGACCGACGAGGAGGUGGACGAGAUGAUCCGGGAGGCCGACAUAGACGGGGACGGCCAGGUUAACUAUGAAGAGUUUGUACAGAUGAUGACCGCGAAGUGAAGGCCGCGGGCAGCUGGCAAUGCCCGUUCUCCUUGAUCUCUCUCUUCUCUCGCGCUCUCCGACACUCUUACUCGCAUAACCUGGCUCUAAGCCGCCCCUGACUGACGACCGAGAAUCCGAUGUAAAGCAACACGAGAUUUGUCCCCAGCUGCAUGACGCUCUGUGACCUCCCCCGCCCCGCCCCGCCCCGGACCCCGGACCGCCUCCCGCCGCCAGCCAUCCCGGAGCUGCGGAAGAGGGGCGGGAAAGCCAAGCCCUUUCGAUGUUUGCAUGCGUCUGGCACUGUGGUUCUGUGUUCGAAACCUUCUGGGGCCACGGUGAGAGGCCUCGAGGAGGGGGCGGGGCGGGGGCGCGGCCUCCGCACGGAGGAGGAGGAGGGGCAGAAGACGCCGAGGCGGGCACGAACAACUCAGCCUCUCCAUUGGCUUUUCUUCCCAAACCAUCCGCGAUUGGCUCUAGCACGUCUGGCGGCGGCGGGGAGGAGGGGAGAGACCCCGCGGCCGGCGCCCUGUACAGAUUGUAAAUGUCCCCGAGCUGUUCUGUAAAUACCUGGUGCUAGUCCCCGCCCCGCCCGGCUCCGCCCUCCCGCCCGCCGCGCUGGCUGCUGCUGCUGCUCCUCGCUCGCUCGCUCGCUGGCGGUGGCCGCGUCCUGGCCUCUUGGCCAUGUGCUCGAGUCUUGGGCUUCUCUUUUCCAGGCAGCAUCCGUAUCUAGCUUGGGGGGCUGCCGUGGGAUCCUCCCUGCAAUAAGGAAGCCGUGGGGGCCCCGCCGGCGUCCCGCGUCACGCUAGUCACCUGCCGGGCCGUCUGCCUCGGCCUUGUCCGGGCUGUGUCUGCUGCUCGUCCUCCCCCGCUUCCCCGCAGCAUGCUCCGGAGCUCCUCCCCGCUCGCUUCUGUCUUCACUUCACGCUUGGGACGGGGAAAGCGCCGCGGACGGACGGAGCGGCCCCCCUCCUCCCCCUCCCCCUUCUCGCGCCCAGGUGGCUCCGGCGGGCCCUUCGGGCUAGCGCCGAGUCCCCUCUCCGGAGGCCCCCGCCGCCCUCCUCCCGGGGAAGGGCAGGCCAGGGCGAGGCCGCGGCCGCGGCGAGCGGGCGAGGCUGGGGCGCCUGGGGGAGCCGUUCAUUUUGUUUUGUUCUGUUUUUUAAACCGGGCAAUAUUGUGUUCAGUUCAAGCUGUGAAGAAAAUAUAGAUCAAUGUUUUCCAAUAAAAUACAGUGACUACCUGG